CACGUCAAAAAAAGAGAUAAUUGUUCCGUGUUUUCUGCAGAUUAAUCGGAAGGUUCGAGGGUUUUCCAGGAUGUUCAGCCCGGUGAGGAGCGGGGACAUCAUCCACCUGAACGUGGGGGGGAAGAGGUUCAGCACGUCCCGCCAGACGCUCACCUGGGUUCCAGACUCCUUCUCCAGCCUCCUGAGCGGCCGCAUCUCCACCCUGAAGGACGAGACCGGAGCGAAACAUAAAGGCAAAGAGAGACCCACAAGUUAUCGUUGUGAUCACUGCAAGAAAGUCCUCACCACUUCAUCAGGUCUGAGAAAACAUAAGAUGAUUCACACUGGAGAUAAACCGUUCACUUGUGAUCAGUGUGGAGCAGCUUUUACCAGAAAAUAUCAUCUAAAGAUUCACCAACGUAUUCACACUGGAGAUAGACCGUUCACUUGUGAUCAGUGUGGAGCAGCUUUUACCAGAAAAUAUCAUCUAAAGAUUCACCAACGUAUUCACACUGGAUAUAAACCGUUCACUUGUGAUCAGUGUGGAGCAGCUUUUACCACAUCAAGUGAUCUAAGGACUCACCAACGUAUUCACACUGGAGAUAGACCGUUCACUUGUGAUCAGUGUGGAGCAGCUUUUACCAGAAAAUAUCAUCUAAAGAUUCACCAACGUAUUCACACUGGAUAUAAACCGUUCACUUGUGAUCAGUGUGGAGCAGCUUUUACCACAUCAAGUGAUCUAAGGACUCACCAACGUAUUCACACUGGAGAAAAACCGUUCACUUGUGAUCAGUGUGGAGCAGCUUUUACUGAGUCAGGAACGCUAAAGACUCACCAACGUAUUCACACCGGAGAUAAACCGUUCAGAUGUGAACAGUGUGGAGCAGCUUUUACCCAACAAGGUAGUCUAAGGACUCACCAACGUAUUCACACUGGAGAUAAACCGUUUAGGUGUGAUCAGUGUGGAGCAGCUUUUACCCAACGAGGUAGUCUAAGGACUCACCAACGUGUUCACACUGGAGAUAAACCGUUUAGGUGUGAUCAGUGUGGAGCAGCUUUUACCCAACAAAACCAUCUAAGGACUCACCAACGUAUUCACACUGGAGAUAAACCGUUCACUUGUGAUCAGUGUGGAGCAGCUUUUACCCAACAAAUCCAUCUAAGGACUCACCAACGUAUUCACACUGGAGAUAAACCGUUCAGAUGUGAUCAGUGUGGAGCAGCUUUUACCACAUCAGGUAAUCUAAUGACUCACCAACGUAUUCACACUGGAGAUAAACCAUUCAGAUGUGAUCAGUGUGGAGCAGCUUUUACCACAUCAAGUCAGCUAAAGAAGCACCAAUGUACUCACACGAGUGAUAAACUUUAAAGAUGUGAUCAGUAUGAAGUGUGGAAUUGCAAAAAACACCUCAGCACAGCAAAAAAAGCUAAAUAAUCAGACAAGGUCAUACAAAAACUUGAAAGACUAAC